AUGUGUCCCGUCGACGACGAUGUGCUCGUCUACCUUGACAGCGAGAGCGUCAGCGUCGCCACGUACCUCAGCGACACCGUGUCGCAUUCGGCUGCCAACAACGGGCUGCUGGUCGUCGCGUGCAUCGCUGCCGUCGCCGUCGUCGCCUCAGUGCUGCUUACCAAGAAGACGGAUGGCUACGUCUCCAUGGAAGACGGCUACACCCGCCUUGCCGACGACACGCGCUAUGCCUAA